GCGUCUCGGCCGCCAACAUGCCAUCCAGACUGAGGAAGACCCGGAAACUUCGGGGCCACGUGAGCCACGGCCACGGCCGCAUCGGCAAACACAGGAAGCACCCGGGAGGCCGAGGUAAUGCUGGUGGCUUGCAUCAUCACAGGAUCAACUUCGACAAAUAUCACCCAGGUUACUUUGGGAAAGUUGGUAUGAGGCACUACCACUUAAAGAGGAACCAGAGCUUCUGCCCCACUGUCAACCUGGAUAAACUAUGGACCUUGGUCAGUGAGCAGACGUGGGUCAAUGCUGCCAAAAACAAGACCGGAGCCGCUCCCAUCAUUGAUGUGGUGCGAUCGGGCUACUACAAAGUUCUGGGGAAGGGAAAGCUCCCAAAGCAGCCUGUCAUUGUGAAGGCCAAAUUCUUCAGCAGAAGAGCUGAGGAAAAGAUUAAGAGUGUUGGUGGGGCUUGUGUGCUGGUAGCUUGAAGCCACAUGGACGGGAAAUCAUUAAAUGUUCACAAGUGCUUUUGUCUUCUGGUCUGGGUGUAGGUUCUUGGCACCCCUACCUGUGUGUCAGAAACCUGCAGGUUCUAAGAGUUAAAGGUGUGAGGGCCUGGGCUCCUCUGCCAACUCCCCUGAGAAAGAAAGUAUGCAAGAGUUAGCACCAGCGCUUAGAGGCCUUGGUCUGUUACCUGACUUGAACUUCUCAUUUAUAAAGUGAAAAUGAUGGCUGUU